AUGGGGCGCCUGAGGUUCCGGUGUUUGCGGUGGUGCUGCAACUGCCGUUGCUUUUCGCCGACGCUCGUGGCAGCGAUGAGUUCGCCGGAAGUUAUGCCUCUGGGCCGGGCUUCCCGCGACUCGGAGCGUCCGCGACGGUCGCGCUGGUCUGUGUCUUCUCAUGUCUCUUCCGGCGCCUCGUGUUCGUCUCACGUUCCGCCUUCGACGCGCAGCUGUCAAAACACCGUGUCGCCGACAUCUCCCGCGAACAACCCUUCGGCUCCGACCCUUUCGCCUGCGGCUCCAGCCGCGACGCCUGCCUCGGUGUCUCCGUCCGUGCCUGGUGUGUCUCCGUCGCCCUACUCGCCGCGGGCCUCGCUCUCGCCCUACUCGCUGCCCCGGCAGCCGAGCAGCCAGACGUUUGCGGGGACGCCUGCAGGUAGCAGGCAAUCGUCCGCAGUCUUGGGCGUGCCUGUGCUCGUUUCGCGGUCGUCGUCGCGCCCCGUCUCUCCCGCAACUUCGCUCGACGGCCGCGGUCAGGUCCACUUCUCCUCCGGGAGACAGGGGCGCCCGAGGUACGCCACGGCGCCCACGCAGCAGAGACACGCGAGGGCCCUGCAGCCUUCGGAUCUGCGUGUUCGCGUGCCGCGCCUGUCUCCGCGAUCGCUGACAGGCGCCUCGCCGCGCGCGCCGCCGCCUUCGCUCUCGCCCUCGCUGUCCUUUGAGCGGCACCGGAGACAGCAGACCACCUUUGAGCGUUUGAGACAGGAGCUGAAGACAACCUACUUCCCCCGAGUCGCCGCAUCCGACAGCGAUGACUGGGAGACGUUCAAGGCGCAAAUGAUUGAAGAGAGCGAGCGGGAGAGACGGCAAAACCUCCAGAAAGAGGAGUUCGAGACCCUCUCGCCGAGGGAACGCGUGAUGAUCCCCACACUGUAUGUACACCCGCAGGAUGCCGCGCUGGGAAACGAAGGAGACAACGCAGGAACACAGUUCACGGGCGUUCGCGCAGAGCGUCACUUCUUCUCGCUGCCGCCAGUCCUCAUAUCGCCGGCUGCGGAGCCGGAAUCCGCGGACGCAGCUGAGCCGCACGCAGGUAGCGGCCAGACGCGAGAAGAAGCGUACCACGAAGCUGAGAGGCCCGCAGGCGCCCGCGCGACCGCUGAGACAGAACGGGGAGUGUCUGGGGCGGAGACGCCCGGUAAAGCGGCUGCGCGGUACCGCACAGACCGAGAAAACCGAGCCUUGUCUCCGUCCUCUUCGGUCUCCAGUCCGCAGCCGACAGGCGAGGAGACGCAGGGCGAGCGAGGCGCAGCGGGUGCACUCGUGCCGGGAGACGCCGGUGCCCACGGGGCCUUGGAGAAGAGGCGAGAGCGAAACUACAGCGUCGCGCCCGCCGCGCGGGAAAAGGGAACGCCUGUCGCCAUCAUCCAACAGAAGAAGAACGCUCUCCACAAACGGAUCUGGAGCGCCCUGAGGAAAAAGAAAUUCAGAGACUUCGAGCACGCGAUGGCUGAAAUGGAGUGA